AUGGGAAUAUAGGCUGUUACGUCUCCACAUUGUGUGUCUGGUUCGAUUGUUUAGCCAACUCUUUCAAUUGAAUAAUGCUUGAUUCCCAGCAUCUACGUCUGAGUCAAAUUGAGCAAGGGCAACCAUUUCCUAUAUUGUGCCAAUUCUAGUUUCAAAAUUACCGCAUACUUGUUUUAUACGGAGUAGUUUUCAACCAGGUUGUGAUAUGUUAUUAGUCAAGCACUAGCACCCCUUCAGAGUAAGUCUUUUAUUGUUAUCAAUGAAAUCAAAAAAAAAAAAAAAAAACAAUGCAUUUCAUAUAACUUGAUACUUGUAACUUAAUUCUUUACUCAUUCCAUACUGGUUAGGCUUGGUUUGAUAUUUAAGAGAAAAAAUUACCAAACUAACUCUAUAUACAAAUAUUUAAUUUAUAAUUUUUUAAGAAAGGAAUCUUACAAAACUUGAGAUGUACAUAGUCCACAUUGAAGGAUUACUUAACAGUCAAGUUCAAAACUAAUAUUAUACUAAUAAUAUAAUGAUGACUGUGAUUGAUGAUCCUUGCAGCUGACGUGAUGCUAAUUACGCUAUUUCCGUUAAAUUUCUAGGCCGGUGGUGGAUGAUUGUUUCCCAGAAACUACCAAGUCUACUUUAAAUGUAUUUUUUAUUCUAACUUUAUUGAAAAGGCCAUUAUACUAUGAAGUAAGUUUCCUCUCUAUAAAUAUUAUAUCUUUGAACUCUUUGGACAAGUCAUUCUCAAACAAAGAAUCCAUUCUAAGUUCUUCUAACAUACCUUAGCUGAAGAUCUUGUACUUCAAGCUUGAAAACAAAAUGUCUCCUGAAGAUAUGGCUAAUGCGAAAGCCAUCAUUUCGACUGUUGCAUCUGUUGCUGCUACAGCGAUGCUCGUUCGAAGCAUCGUCCAUGACUUCAUCCCAAAGGAAUUCCGAAGCUACAUAAGUUUCUACGAUCUCUUUCAUCGUUUCUCUUCUCAAUUCACCAUCCUCAUCCAUGAAUUUCAAGGGCCAUCCCCGAACCUGGUGUUCGAGGCGGUUGAAGUCUAUUUGGGAACCAUAGUGAACUCUUCGACUAAGAGUAUCCGGUUAGGCAAGACGGAGAAUGACAAGGGUCUUGUUAUUACCAUGGACAAUGACGAAGAGAUCGUCGAUGUUUUUGAGGAUAUUAAGGUGACAUGGAGAAUGGAGUGUAGGAAAAUCGACUCAGGGAGCCAGAAUGAAGAGAUAAAAGAUAUGAUUGCAGCUCUAUGUUCUGAACUCAGAGUUUAUGAGCUGAGUUUCCAUAAGAAACACAAGGAAAAGGUGUUGAAAUCGUAUUUGCCUUUCAUUAUGGAGAGAUCAAAGGCCGCGAAAGAAGAAUCCAGGGCUAUAAAGUUGUUUUCAAAUUACAGAAACUGGGGUUCUGGUGGUAUGAAUCUUGAACACCCUAUGACAUUCGACACUCUGGCUAUGGACGAAGAGAUAAAGAGCGCGUUAAUCGAUGACUUGGCGGGUUUUGUGAAGGGGAAAGACUACUAUAACAGGAUCGGGAAAGCUUGGAAACGAGGCUACUUGCUCUAUGGCCCUCCUGGAACUGGUAAAUCAAGCUUGAUUGGUGCUAUGGCGAAUCAUCUGAACUAUGAUAUCUAUGAUUUGGAUCUUACGGAAGUUCGUAGCAAUUCGAAUCUAAGGUCGUUGCUACUCGGCAUGUCUGGCCGUUCAAUUCUUGUGAUCGAGGACAUUGACUGCGGCAUCAAGCUAGAAAACAGAGAAAAGGAUGAAGAAAAGGAAAAUAAACACAACAGGGUGACACUGUCAGGGAUACUUAAUUUUCUUGACGGGAUUUGGUCGUGUUGUGGAGAGGAACGGAUAAUUGUGGUCACGACCAACCACAUAGAUAAACUAGAUGCAGCACUGCUGAGACCUGGACGAAUGGACAUGCGCAUACACAUGUCAUAUUGCAAGUUAUCAGCGUUCAAGCAGUUGGUUUUCAACUACUUGGGGAUUCGUCAACACGAAAUGUUUGAUCAGAUCGGACAGCUCCUAGAAGAAGUGGAAGUUACUCCGGCUGAAGUUGCGGGAGAACUGUUAAAGAGCAAGAAUCCCACUAUAUCCCUUCAAGGUCUUGUUGAAUUUCUUGAAAAUAAAAUUGCAGAAAGAGAGAGGUUGAAAGCUGAGACAGAUUUGACAGCGAAGAACGGGGUAUCAGAGGAAGAACCGAAAGAUGCAACAAAUCCUGAAUCUAUGCUCGAUUCUUCCGAGGAUCUUACAUUGUUGAUCUCUAGAUGAAGAUGGAGGCUAUUUUCUACCCUCCUUUUUCUUUCUUCUUCUUGUUUUCUUUAAGGAAGACGAUUGUAGGACCUGAGAGAGAUGUUUAUCCCAUAUCAACUGACAAGAAUAAAUAUAUUUAGAGUUGUUUUUCUUAAA